CAGAGAGAAGGGGGCUGGCUCUUAAUGAGCCAGUGACAGGAUUAUGGGAGGGAGAAGUCCUGUAUUUAAAGCUGGCAGAGACGACGGGUGCUUCCAGAGAAGUUUUUUAAAGGGAACUAAGCUAGACACUGACUACACACUGUGGAAGAAUCCAGAACUGUGAUAAACCAAGUGAGAUUCAGAGAGCAGAGACAAACUAACUUGCCAGAACAAGGACAUGGCUCCUUUGACAGAGAAAGUGGAUAAAAGGGAGAACCAGAACGUUGAAGUGCACAAGUCCAACACCACAAUCACCAUGAGUACAGAGCGUGAGGUCACCGUUUCACAGACUGUUGUAAAUGGGAUAUCGUCCUCCAGCAGCCAUGAUCAGGACCGAGUGGUUGAAGUCCCUUUGCGUGCACGCUCUAUCUCUGCUGUUAAAAUAAUUCCCGUGAAGAGGGUGAAAAGUUCUCCUGACCUAAUGCUGGUUACAGAAACAGAUCCUUCCAAAGUGUGUACAGGGAAGGGAGCUGUGACACUGCGUGUGUCCAGCGUUCAUGCAGAACUUCAGAGCAGCAGCCCCCAGCCCUCUCAAAGUCCUGAGCCAACAAACCCAGGAACAGAUGGUUGGAAAGCAUUGUCCGGUGUCGACACUAAUGGAGACAGCUCAGCCCAUUCGCUGGCUGCUAAGGGAUACCGGAGUGUCAGGCCAAACCUUACUGCGGACAGCAAGACACAAUCACAGGACGAUACAGCUGGCUCUGCUCAGCCUGACAUCAUAGUGGUCUCACUGGCUGAGGUUGCUGUAUUUUCUUCAGCAACAGAGGGCGGCCCGUGCACCCCCCCACCUCCUCUGCUACCCACCGGACCCGAUCCCACGAGUGCGUCACUCACCCUGCCGACUCUUGAUGAUUUCAUACCCCCUCACCUGCAGAGGUCGCCAACUCACCACACACCCACCACCUCCAGUGGCUCUGCUUCCCCCAUUAACCUGCUGCAACAACCGGCAUUGUCACCUGCACCGGGUCCCCUUCUUGUAGCUCCUCUGCGUUUCCCUGAGACUUCAGCCACACUCCCUGGAGUUUCUGCACCUACACCUGUGACUCAGGAAACUUCAGCGCUCAGCUCCAACUCCGAUCUGCACUCACUUUACCCAUCAACAGACAAGCCUUCCUCAGCCUACCCUUCCACAACAACAGUCAACCCCACUAUUGUGCUUUUACAACACAACCGAGAACGUCAAAAGCGCCUUAAUAGUUUGGCAGAACCUGUGCCAGAGAGGCAGACAGAUCCCAAGACAGAAAGCACAGGUGUGCCGGAGAGGAUUGCGGAUUCCACACAGAGUGAAAAGGCAGCAGAUAUGGAUGAGAGGAGAACAAGAGUCAGGAGGGCUCAGUACGCUGGCAUCGGCCCUCUAGACGAUGUAGGAAUUCCAAUGAGGAAUACAGACAAGUCCAAGGAUUGGUAUAAAACAAUGUUUAAACAGAUCCACAAAAUCAAAGAUUCUCCUGAGGAAAACCCUUACCACCCUACCUACAAAUUCCCUGAACCCACCGAAAAGCUGAACAAAAUAGAAGAUGAAGACUCGGAUUUGUACUCUCCCAGGCACUCGUACUCUGAAGAGAUGAGAAGUCAGUCGUGUGUGCCUCGCUCGAAAAGCGCAGUGGACAGUAUCGAUGCAGAGGCCUCAGUGAAGAGGUCCACCACACUGCCUCUGCCAACCCGCUCCUCUUCACUGAAACCGACCACAGAAAGGAAUGACUGGGAGCCCCCAGACAAGAAGGUUGACACCAGGAAAUACCGUGCUGAGCCCAAGAGCAUCUUCGAAUAUGAGCCGGGGAAGUCCUCAGUGCUGAGGCAGGAGAAAGCGACUCGGGAUAUAAGCCCUGAAGAAAUAGAUUUAGAGAGUGAACCGUGGUAUAAAUUCUUUUCAGAGAUGGAGUUUGGAAAACCGCCUCCAAAAAAGAUCUGGGAUUAUACUCCAGGGGACUGCUCUAUCCUCGCUCUAGAGGAUAGAAAGGACCAGCUAGAAAAAGAUCUCUACCUGUACCAGGCUGAGUUAGAGGCAGAUUUAGAGAACAUGGAGAAGCUUUAUAAAGCACAAGAUAAAAGACUGUGGAAGAGUGCACCAUUCAGCCCUGUGGAAACCCCAGCAGAGCCUCAUCAAUACUCAAUGUAUACCCCUGACUACCAUGCUGUAAGAAGAGAGACAGAGCCAAUGUUUGGCGAUCAGGGGAUCUCUGAGAGCGAGAGGCUCGUUUACAAGAGCGUCCUGGAGGGCGGCGACAUUCCGCUGCAAGGGCUAAGCAGUCUGAACAAGCGUCCAUCCAGCUCCUGCUCUACGAAAGUGGACCAUAAAGGUGGGAAUGCUUACAUCAUUUCACCUUCUUCUGUAAAUAGCAGAACAGUUAGUAAUGUGCUAGGUAAUAAAUGUAAGCAUAAGAAGCCAUUAUCAGCCGCAAAAGCCUGCAUUUCCGAAAUCCUCCCCUCCAAAUUCAAGCCCAAAAUGGUGUCUCCCUGCACUGGGUUGCAGGCGAGGGAAUCCUCUGCAGUGCAUCACUCCAAAGCCCAGAGCUGCGAGGACCUGCAUGAUGGCACCACCUAUUUCAACAGCCAGAGGGCGCUGGUGAGCGAGGUGGGGCAGAGUGUGGAGUCACUGCUCCACAAGGAGAGGGCUGAGCUGGGGAGGAGGACUGGGAGCAGCGCCAGUCUGCAGGAGUACGGCACACAUUCCCGCAGCGGCUCAGCUCCUCCGCGGAGCAACGCUGCAGAGUUUAGCACCAUGUACAGAAACAUGCAUCACAUCAAUCGCACAGGGAUCCAAGGGGGUCCGAACAGAAGCAGCAGUGUGAGGAACAUCACCUCCCAGUUUGAGCACAAGGAGCGAUGCAAGCUCGGAGGCGCGGAGGAACCGGAGCACAUACCCCGGCACGCUGUGUCCUCCAGGGUGACUGAGUUUGAGCAGAUCAUUCAGAGAUCGCGAUCCAUGCCCAUGUUGGAUAGCACCAGAUCAAACCACAGCAAGAGCCCAAGCCCUACCCAUUGCCCGCCCCACAUGGCCUCUGCUUUCUCUGCCGAAUCCCUCGUGGAGCCCCAAAAGAGAAGCAAAGAAGAGGAGCCGGAAAUCAAGAUCAUGGUGAAAAGCACGUCCUUCUCUGGGAGCGAUGCUGACCAAGCCUCUGAGUUUAGUGACGCUGUGCUGCCUGACUCUCUCUCAGCCUGUACAGAGCCUGAGCUGGACCGCCUCUCCAACACCUCGGCUGACAGCUCCACCAGCAGCGUCCAUCUACCCCACAGACACCAAGCAAACCAGUGCAAGGGAGCCUGCCCUGCCUCCUACACUAGAUUUACAACCAUCCGCCGCCACGAACAGCAAGCCAAGGCACAGGCUAAAUUAGGAUCUCAAGACAAUAGGAACACUUUACCUAGAAACCUCUAUCUGAUGGGCCCCAUGCCCUUCCGAUUGAAAAAGCCUCUCCAGCAGGAGCACAAAAAGACACAUUCUCCAUCUCCCGUUGUCUUAUCAGCAGCCCGGGACAGUACCAAGGAGCCUAAAGGAAGUGUGCUAGAUAACAGCUUCCUGCAGUGCUUGUUUUCAGAGGAUAAGCCCCUCAUUCCUCAGAGGCAGUCCUCCCUGGAGGCUGUGGAAAGACUGAGCAGUCAGACAGCAGGGGAGACCCAGAACGAAGGCUCAAAUUCCCCCCUUCGUGAGCACUACGGCUGCAUUGCUUACGGAAACAAUGUCCCCUUCACCACAGCCUAUGACAGCCUGGAUCGCAACAACAAUCCGCAGGCCGAGAUGGGGGUAUACCUCAGAGAUUCUGAUUCGCCACGGCAUUUUGCCCCAGAACGCUCGGUUACGCCGGAGGAUGUUGUCCGUAGACGCUACGAUGACAAAGAGAAACUUUUAGAGGAGCAGAGACGUCUUAAACGAGAGCAAGAGGAAGCUGAUAUUGCAUCUAGAAGGCACAAUGGACUCUUUCUAACACAUCACCAGUUUAUCACUAACGAUCGAUUCGGGGACCUCCUUAACGUUGAUGAUGCAGAUGAGAGGAAUUCUGGGUCUGAGGUCUGUUCCAGUUACCUCAAUCAACUGCUUGAUCCAAAGCAAGAUUUGCCUCCCACAUUAUGUAAUGCUUAUUUAAAAAAUGAACCGUUGACUGGGGAAACAAUGUGUAUGGUGCCAGCAAGAGCUAAAUUUGACUUCAAAGCACAAACACUGAAGGAACUGCCUUUCCAAAAGGGGGACAUUGUCUACAUCUGCCGACAGAUCGAUCAGAACUGGUACGAAGGGGAGCACCAUGGAACAGUUGGGAUCUUUCCCAGAACAUACGUGGAGCUGCUUCCUCCCACUGAGAAAGCGCAGCCGAAGAAGGUGCCCCCGGUGCAGGUGCUGGAGUACGGAGAGGCCCUGGCCAGGUUCAACUUCACUGGAGACACAGUGGUGGAGAUGUCCUUCAGAAAGGGGGAGAGGAUCACACUUAUCCGCAGGGUAGAUGAGAACUGGUAUGAGGGCAAGAUCUCGGGCACCAGCCGCCAGGGCAUCUUCCCAGUCACCUACAUCGAGGUCCUGAAGCGGCCUCGCGUCAAGAACGCUGUGGAGUACCCAGACCCGCCUGCAAGCCACUCUCCAGACCGCAGCUCCACGGCCUCACCACAGUGUGUGCACUACAGGCUCCACACUCCGACCCCCCCUCCUCCUCCGCCCAUGCGCAGGGCAGUCUCCCCUGAAGUGCAGGCCAUCACCUCAGAGUGGCUGGCCCUGACCAUGGGGGUGUCUCGCAGCAGUACCCCGGCGGUCACCCCCCCUCUCCCGCCGCUGCCUGAAGGCUUCUACUCCUAUGGGGACUAUCUGUCUCCAUCCGCCGCAGCCAGCCCAACUCCCUCGCUCUUGAAGAAUGAAAUUGGAUACCAAGGAAUGACUUCAAGACAUCCUAUGUUGCCUUCUGACAUCCCAGCUAACAUGAAUGCCAACUCGUUUGCGCCUUCCCAUCAUUCAUUGCGAACAGGACCAGAACUUACUGACUCUGAAAAGUGUUAUGUGGAAGCUGUCUGCAAUGAGAUCAUUAACAUUGCAGAAAAGUCUGUCCAUUACUGCAGCGCUCUGUCCCAUCCCCUUGACUCUCGGCACAAGCUGCCUUCUAAUCACAGUAAACGAUCUUUCAUCAUUUCCCAGCAACCACAGGUUAAUCAGCGAGGAAGCGCCCCUGAGCGGAGUCAGCCCAGCAGUGACGUCUUCCAAGCCCUGUACAGCUACGUGCCACAGAACGAGGAUGAGCUGGAGCUCCGUGAAGGGGAUGUUGUCAACGUGAUGGAGAGGUGUGACGACGGCUGGUUUGUGGGUACUUCCAGGAGAACGAAACAGUUUGGCACCUUCCCUGGCAAUUACGUCAAACGCCUUCACCUGUAAACGUUGCAUCCAAACGGACUCUUUUUAAAAACACAGCAUCCCCGACAGAGGAUUGAACAAAGCCUGUUGUUAACACACCUUUCAUUUAAAAAAAAAAAAAGACAAAAAAAUCACGCUUUUCUUUACUGUUGUGUUGGAGGAAUGGUGAGCGUUACUAGGAUAAGAGAAAAUGUGCAAGGUAUGUGAAUUUAUGGUAAGAGGUUCUUUGAAAAAAGCGCAGCCAUUGUCUCAGUGUCAGCUACGAAUAAGAAAACAGGACUGCAAGAGAGAGAGAGAGGUCCUGCGUACACGUGUGUUUGAUGCACACUGUCACCCAGUCUCUUGACACCAGCUUCACUUUGUGCUGUCCACCAGGCUGUGUGGUCCAGUGGUUAAAGAAAAGGGCUUGUAACCAGGAGGUCCCCGGUUCAAAUCCCACCUCAGCCACUGACUCAUUGUGUGACCCUGAGCAAGUCACUUAACCUCCUUGUGCUCCGUCUUUCGGGUGAGACGUAAUUGUAAGUGACUCUGCAGCUGAUGCAUAGUUCACACACCCUAGUCUCUGUAAGUCGCCUUGGAUAAAGGCGUCUGCUAAAUAAACAAAUAGAAGAAAGCAGGUGAGGUGAUGCCAGUAGGAUUUAAGGGCGUGCGUUUAAGAUGGAAUUUGUGGUGCUGAUUUAGAUUUAAUCAGGAGUGCUUUUCACAACUGGAGGCUAGCUACCAAACUGCUCCACUGCUUGACUAUCAGGCAGACCCCUGCACAUCUUUCCUGGUUAAAACUAAAAGCUGAAUUGUUUUUUGAAAUGGAAUGAUAGAAAGUCCAACAUUGCAAGAAAGGUUUUCCACAUAAUCACCAGCUGUAAACAUGGUGUUAACAGUGCUCCCCUCCCCACCUAAUCCUUGCCUGGACCCCCUAACCAAUGCCUUUCAACUGCAACAAAAAACAUAAAUGAUAAGGUUUAGACUGCUAUUUUUGUCAUAAGGGAUUAAUAAAAUUAAUACAACAUAUUAAAAAGCCUAUUUUUAUGCCAAUGCCUUUUUUUUUUUUUUAGAGAGAAUUUAUUUAACAGGAAUUUGUUAAUCUAUUAACAGACUAUAUAAGCAUGUCCUGCUGCGACACACUUUGUAACAUGCUCCAUGCAACUGCUGGCACAGCCCCAGUUAGUGAGGAGAAAAACAUGUUUGACUAAAAUAUAAUGUAAAUAUGUAUAUUUUGAUUUUUGUACAGAAUGUGUACCUAUCCUGUAUAGAAAAUUAUUUAAUAGAGAGAGAGAUUUAAAUGACAGAAGGCAGUUAUCAAGCUCAUUGAAAUUUCCAGUGUAUUUACCAGAAGGAUUUUAGUAAAGCACAUGACACAAUAUGUUCAGCACAGAAAAAACACAUGCACUAAUGAACCAAUAGGACUGUACCACCAUUUGGGGAUCCCAAGUCCUCAGUUUAUAUCUGGUUUACUGAAUUGUGCACCAUUUUUGUUUUGCCUUUUGUUCUCUGUAGUUUAAGAAAUACCCCUAAAAUGGUAUAACCCACCCCAUAGCAGUGUAUUACAAACACACUUUAAUAUAUCUAAUAAUGAAGUUUACAGUAUGCUGACUAUAUAAUCAGUGCUUCUAAUAUAUUUUAUUUACCAUUUCAUUAUAAACACAUCUUGCAGCAUGUUGUGUUUUAAACAUUUUAUUUUUAUUGCAGUGCUUUAUGAUUUGAUAACAUUAAUUAAAAAAGAGCAUCUAUUUACUGCUGUAGAUGCUAAAUGCAGUAUUAUGCAAUAUUUAAUAAACUUUGUUCAACCUUG